AGCGUAAGACUAGUAAGCCAGAAGUCCCGGGUUCGAUCCCUAGCCGAGGCAGUGAUUUAAAUUUAAUUAAUCCUGCGCUCUGUUACAUUAAUUUCAUUUUACGGGGUAACAAUUAUCUUUACAAAACCGCGACACCAUUGCAAAAACCUUCAAAUAUAAUUCAUUAUUCUUUAUAGCUGCUAAAACCUUGAACAAAAUUCUAUCGUAAAACUUUAACCAAAUCUGGCAGGAAGCAUCCAUGAACUUUCUAAAAAAUGUGACAAACUAUUAACAUGAUUAAAGCCAUAUGGAAUAGCCAAAACAGUGUCCAUUUUCAUCCACAUAUAAGUUAAAGAUAAAGUGUUAACCAACAUUGAUUUGUUACACAGAGUUACAUGUACGGUAACGUCCAUUUUCAAAUUAAUGUACAUAGUUAAGUACCUUUGUUCAGCAAUAUGAGUACUGGUAUGUGUAUUGGCCUUAUGACCUUUUUUGACAUUAUCCAAACUUUGUCCACACACUAUCCGGAGAAAAGAAUGGAUAAUCUUACAAGUUCAUAGGAAGAUUAGAUUUAUCAAUAUUACCAGUAUCCAACUGUAAUUAAUUUACUUACAAUUGACCCAUAAAUUAUAUAGAACAUGUCCUGUUUUGAGACCUUUUAAUUGCCUUUAAUUAUUGAAAUAUGUUAAUCUUUUAUUUUUGAAUUAUUACAGAGAAUACAAACUGUAAUCACCAACGAUAAAAGGAACUUAUUGGAUGCCUUUUUUGAAAGGGGAAUGACCUCAAAAGGCCACAAAUGCAAAGAGAUGUGGUCUGAAGCAGCCCAGUCCACAGGACUGCACAUAGAUGUUGUCAAGGAGAAGAGAAAACCUACCUUCCCAGAAACAAGUAAGCAAAACGAAACCUUACGCAAGAGGAAUUUCUGCGUUCAAUGCUUUUGUUGCUGAACAUAAAGAUGCUGCAGUUGGCUAGACUUGCUGUGACCAUGGCAUGCCUCAGAGUGGACUGUAGUGACCAAUCCUCUAUCUUCAUUGGUAAUGGGGAAGCAGAACAGUUUUUCCAGGAUAACACUGGCAUUGUGGAAAAACUACACAGAUUCUGUGUUGAAGAUACUCCAGUGUUAUCUGUCGAGCAGGAAAAUACAAAGUCUUUGCGAAAAAGGGCAAUGGAGCAUUUAAACAGUUUGUUUGGAAGUGCUGUUGGACGCCCUCAUCCAUUUCCAUACAAGCGUGUAUUUGCUGGGGAAGUUGUGGUAAAGGGACUGCCAGAAGAGAAACUAUCAUUAAGGUUUAUGUCCCAUUACGGGGAACAGAAACUUAAAGCAGUCUUGGCCUGUGCAAAAAUUGAAGUUUCAGGCUGUAACCUUACAUCAAGUUUCGGAAGAAGAGGCAGAGGUACUCAUGCCCUUGUUUCCUGAAGUACAAAAGACAGAAGUAGGUACAAAGAAAAGAGGCAAGAAAAGAAAAUCAAAUGCUAACACUGAAGACUUAAUUGUGGAACGAAUACUGUCGAUGAAGACCAUUAAAGGAAAGAGGUAUUACCUCAUUAAAUGGGAUGGAUACCCGGAUUCAGAGAACUCUUGGGAACCUGAAGACAACAUCCCAAAAAUGUUAUUAAUUAUUUCUUGUAACAUUUAUUGCAAUUGUGUUUUGUCUGUCAUCAUGCGAUGUCAUCUGUCGUGUGUCAUUGUCCUUUAACUUUUCACAUUUUUGUCUUCUCAAGAACCGCUCGACCAAUAUAAACUGAAUUUUGUAACUAGCAUCAGAACCAUGAAGGGGUACCAAAAUUGCAAAAAAUUGUGGUCCUCAUAUAAACCCCAGGGGGCAGGGCAAGCAGUAAAAAAACUUUUUUUUUUUUUUUUUUUUAAAGUCUUCUCUUCUUUGGGACAUUUUAAAAAUAAAGCCUUUAUAUAAUUGUAAUGUCCUAGAGUUGCUCUACCAAAAUUGCAAAAUUUGUGGCCCCAGCAUCUACCGUUCAGGCUCUAGAAAUCAUCAACUUUUGGUAUAGGCAUAUGUAUUUAAAAGUUGUAGGGACUAAUGUGACUACAAGUUUCAAGGUCACAGGGUCAAAAGUCAAAGGUCACCUGGAAUGACUGAAAUGGCCAGUUGUUUGCACAAAAAUGUUCUCAUCAGCAUUUUGUAUAGGCAUAUGCAUUUGAAAAUGGUAGGAACUAAUGCCAUGGUUAUUUUCAUGAAGUUUCAAGGUUACGAGGUCAAUAGUCAAAGGGUCAUAGGCACUUGGAAGUAUGAAACAGCCAGCCAAUUUCCUCCAAAACUAUCAACAUUUUGUGUAGGUGUAUGCAUUUGAAAGUGAAGGGACAAAUGUGCAAAUUAUUUUGGCAAAGUUCAAGGUCCAUGGGUCAAAGGUUAAUUGAAACUACGUGAGGUUAAGGCCCAAUGAGCCUCUUGUUAUGAAAGUUAUAAGUGACUUAUUUGAGGAUCAUCCCUUACAGAGUGAUCCUCAAAUAAGUGUACCUAGCUUUGAAUUAAUGUACCCCUCUUCAGAUACGUCAAAUUCUUUUUUUAAUGACCAUGUUUGUUUCCUUACAUUUUGCUGUCAUGUACAAUGUAGUUAAAAUGUGAAGGAAUAUGAACUUUUUUUCAGAGGUGAUACUGUUAUAAUAUUCUGUUGUGUGGCCAGGUAAAAUUAUUUUUUUGUUUCUCAGGCCAUUUAUU